CUCUAACCGCAAAAGUUCAAUCAAAUAUGCUUACUACUUAUAUACUAAUGUGUCUAGUAAGUAGCGUACGUAGUAGUGCUACAUAAUGUCGGUACAUACAUACAAUUUAUGUGUGAUAGACGUAUGAUAGGCCGUAAAAAACAUCCAAACAUCAACCCGAAUACAUACAUGUAGUACUACAUAUAAAUAUCACAACAGCUAUCACGCGAUAGCACCAAGAUCUCCAAUUACUGCCUAGGUACCUAACCUUCAAGGCCAUGCUACGAAAAGGCAGCCUGGCCAUAAUAAUCGACCUCAUCUCUGCUAGCGCUCCCCGAACCCGAACCAUGACUUCUUCAUCGCGAUCCGCCGGCCCUAUCCACUUUGGCCCGUUUGAGGUCACAUCUCAGGUCUUCCUCACAACCCCCCACUCCUUCGCCCUCGUCAACCUCAAGCCCUUGCUGCCCGGCCACGUCCUAGUGUGUCCGCGGCAGCCGCACCGGCGACUCACCGAGCUUACGGCCCCGGAGCUGACGGAUCUGUUCCAGGCCGUGCAGCGCGUGCAGCGCAUGCUCGCGUGGCACUACUUUACCUCACAACAAUCAGAUGCGUCAAUCAAUAACAACAACACGCCAGCAGCCCGCAGUCCAGAGGCCGGCGCCUUCAACAUCGCGAUCCAGGACGGCGUCGAGGCGGGGCAGACCGUCUCCCACCUACACGUGCACGUGAUCCCGCGGAUCCGCGGCGCGACCGCGAAGGAGGAGGCCGGGCCGGGGGACCAGAUCUACGAGUCGAUGGCUGCCGAGGAUGGGAAUGUCGGCGGUGCUUUAUGGGACCGCGAACUGAAAAGGCUCCGCUCGCAGCUCGGCGAUAGGCCGGAGGCGGGCGGUGCGUUCCAGAGCAUCGAGGACUCGGAGCGGCACCCGCGGUCGGCGGAGGAGAUGGAAUCGGAGGCGAGGAUGUUCCGCGGCGUGCUAGAAGCGAUGCAAGGGGCGGAUAGGUGACAGCUACACCCGCCAAAUUACUAGGUUAGGUAUCUACCGAUGGAUUUCAGCCGAGAAAGCGGGACAACACGCGACGAGGUAAGGGUUAGCUUCAUCAAUAGGCAUUUGUAUUAACCAGCAGUG